CGUGGGUGCACGGAGACAGGCGGUGGCUACGACGGUGAGGGGAGCUGAAACCGUGUCUGGGCAGCCCGGCUAGGCCAGGAGGACCAUGUGAAUGGGGCCAGAGGGCUCCUGGGCUGGGCAGGGACCAUGGGCUGUAGCUGCAGCUCAAACCCUGAAGAUGACUGGAUGGAAAACAUCGAUGUAUGUGAGAACUGCCAUUACCCCAUAGUCCCGCUGGAUAGCAAGGCCAUGCUGCCCAUCCGGAAUGGCUCUGAGGUUCGAGAUCCACUGGUCACUUAUGAGGGCUCCAAUCCCCCAGCCUCCCCACUGCAAGACAACCUGGUUAUUGCCUUGCAUAGCUAUGAGCCCUCUCACGAUGGAGACCUGGGCUUCGAGAAGGGUGAACAGCUCCGCAUCCUGGAACAGAUCGGCGAGUGGUGGAAGGCACAGUCCCUGACCACUGGUCAGGAAGGUUUCAUCCCUUUCAACUUCGUCGCGAAAGCCAACAGCCUGGAGCCUGAACCCUGGUUCUUCAAGAACCUCAGCCGCAGGGACGCUGAGCGGCAGCUCCUGGCGCCCGGGAACACGCACGGCUCCUUCCUGAUCCGGGAGAGCGAGAGCACGGCGGGUUCAUUUUCCCUGUCGGUCCGGGACUUCGACCAGAACCAGGGAGAGGUGGUGAAACAUUACAAGAUCCGUAACCUGGACAAAGGCGGCUUCUACAUCUCCCCGCGCAUCACUUUUCCCGGCCUGCACGAGCUGGUCCGCCAUUACACCAAUGCUCCGGAUGGGUUGUGCACGCGGUUGAGUCGCCCCUGCCAGACGCAGAAGCCCCAGAAGCCAUGGUGGGAGGACGAGUGGGAGGUUCCCAGGGAGACGCUGAAGCUGGUGGAGCGGCUGGGGGCCGGCCAGUUCGGGGAGGUGUGGAUGGGGUACUACAACGGGCACACGAAGGUGGCAGUGAAGAGCCUGAAACAGGGCAGCAUGUCCCCCGACGCCUUCCUGGCAGAGGCCAACCUCAUGAAGCAGCUGCAACACCAGCGGCUGGUCCGGCUGUACGCGGUGGUCACCCAGGAGCCCAUCUACAUCAUCACGGAAUACAUGGAGAACGGGAGCCUGGUGGAUUUCCUCAAGACUACCCCAGGCGUCAAGCUGACCAUCAACAAACUCUUGGACAUGGCAGCCCAAAUUGCAGAGGGCAUGGCAUUCAUUGAAGAGCAGAAUUAUAUCCAUCGUGACCUGAGGGCUGCUAACAUCCUAGUGUCUGACACCCUGAGCUGCAAGAUCGCAGACUUUGGCCUAGCACGCCUCAUUGAGGACAAUGAGUACACAGCCAAGGAGGGGGCCAAGUUUCCCAUUAAGUGGACGGCACCAGAAGCCAUUAACUACGGGAUCUUCACCAUCAAGUCAGACGUAUGGUCUUUUGGGAUCCUGCUGACAGAGAUUGUCACCCACGGCCGCAUCCCUUACCCAGUUUCGACACAGGCAGCCUGGUGUGGGAGAAGAGGAUCAGGCCUAGAAGGCAAGAGGCUUACCUUUCUUACCAGAUCUGCCUUAUGCUAACUUUUUGCUUGUCUUUGAUCAGCUCAUUCCUUCAUUCCCCAUCUGUAGAAAGUGAGGUUAGAACACUACCUGGCCCACACUAAACACCCAAGAGUGUCAGAUUUUAUUACUAAUCAUCACUUUAGGCAUGUGGCUUUGGGCAGGUAACUUCACUUUUCUGAGCCUUGGUUUCCUGAUAGGAAAACAAGACUGUGAGAGAGCUUGACUCCCAGAAGGGGCUCACUAAACACUGACUUUCCUUCUCUCUAAAACUUUCCAUUUGAAAGUGGGAAAGACAUGUAAACAACUAAUUCUCACCCUCUCCCACCCCUCCCUCUAUCUCCUGGACAAUGUCAUUUACCCUUGAAUUCAGCCAAGACGGGUGGAAUUUUUUUAAAGGAACUGGCUAGGAAAUUCUGGGGAGAGGAACUGUAACAUAACACAAAGACAGGGUAGGGAGGUCACAGUGCACAGUAGCCAGAUCUGCAGACGCUUCCCACAUCCUCAGAGCAAUGUGCACAGAGCUUUGCUCCUAGGAAGGUAAAGGCACCUUAGAAUCAGGUGAGAGCCUGAAGGACCUCCCUGCCCUGGACUUGGCCCAUCACAGAGUCCAAGGGCAGUGCUGGGGCUAGAAUCACAGGUAGUCAUCCUGCCAAGAACCCUUACUGCUCCUCCACUGUGCCCAUAGAGGUGAACUCAGAGACAAUUUCUCCAGUAGAAGAAAAAAGGCACCGAAAGCCUGAUACUAAAUGGCAGCUGACAUGUGCAUCAGGGUCAGGGAGACAAUGGGGAGUAACAGGGACCUGGGUGAACUUCUAACUCCUCUAGCAGAUGUUGCUAUUAAGACACAGGGGCCCUAGAAACAGAUAUUUUCUUUUUUUCAAGAGAAGCCAAAACUUGGAGUUUUAGGAAAAUUUGUGCAUUUCCAAAUAUUGAUGAUUGAUUCAAAUUGUUUAAAAACACUCUAGGGUCUAUGGGCUGUAUUUAGGCUGGGUGUCACUUACAAGUUUGCACCCUUGACUCCAGCUUCAGGUGUUUCAUUUCCUGGCUUAUGUCCUCCAAUGUCCUGACUUUGAAAUGUGAGGGACUCAUUGCUGGAGACCUCUCAGUGGCACAGCUUGGGGAAGAGGGGAUUCUACUGACCAUGGUGCAAUCCUAAGCUUUAUAGGGGCAAAAUCUAAAUUUUCCCAGGACCCUGUAAGAGUUUAGCCACAGUCUUCUCUCAAGAGACCGAAGGAAAAGCCAGAGGCCACAUGAGUAAUUUAGAAACAGGGAGCUAUGUAUCUGAUGUGACAAUGUAUUUUUCCAGAAAAGCUCCUCUUAGGGGACACAUGCAGGGGCACCAGGACCAGGACAGAGGGAGGGAAGUGGCCCCAAAAUUAUUUCAUCUGGGUCCUGAAGGAGCCUAGUCGCCCUCCCUGCCCCAUGUGGAGACUGCUUUGCUGGGGCCCCAUGUCAGUCUGACUUUAUAAUGCAACCUCCCUAGGGCCCGGUCCAAAAAGCUGAAGGAACUUAACACUCUCCUAGCUGGGGGCUCCCCUCCUGUCUUGGGCCCUAACCACCCCAGUCUUCCCCACUAAAUAAUAAUCACAGAUACUCCCUAUGCAACAUCUUUCCUCCAGACACUAUACUCUCUGCCUUAUAUGCAUGAUCUCAUUCAGUCCUAAUAACAAUUUUAUGAGGUAGGAGCUACUAUUUAUUCCAUUUUCCGGAUGAGGAAACUGGGGCUCAAAGAGGUAAGGUGGCUCACCAUGGCCUCACAGCCGACAUGUAUAUGUUUUCUAAGUCAUAGCAGACUCUCCAAGUGGCACCACUGAGAUUUCGCAGGUGCCCCAGUACAGCUUUACCUCUGAUGAGGAUUCUUUUGGAUUGGUGCUCAUCCCAUGCCAGUUGUUAACUAUUCUGAACUUCACCCCUGUCUGUGGG